UCGUGUAUUAAAGAUUUUUGCUAUAAUUGUUAAUCCUUUGUCGUUGAUAAACCCUUUAAAAUAUAUUUCCUAAAAAAGUCAACAAGGCAGAGAGAUAUAUCUUUAGACGAAAUUGAAAUUUUGAGGUAAUCACAAUUCUCGACCUUGAUCUCCGAUCGAAAGGGCACUAAUUUCUCACUGGCGUGUCUCAACUCUCGACGACCCAUUUCCCCAUUUUCCUUGAUCUUAUCUGGGUUGGUGUUUAUUGGUGAAUGAGGAAUCCACAUAGCAACGGAAACCUUCGGAAGCUUGAAGCUGAUGGAGGAGGAGAAGCCACGGAAGAGAACGGCUUCGUAGAUGGCGUUAUCUUAGGCCUUGACGGUGGCGCCACCUCCACGGUAUGCGUUUGCGUUCCAUCUUUCCCGUUUGGAGAUCGUUUCCCGGAGCCUCUUCCGAUCCUCGGUCGUGCCGUCGCCGGUUGCACCAAUCGCAACAGCGUUGGAGCAAAUCUGUGGCACCACUUGGAUAUUUCUACCCUAUUAAAGUCACCUUUCAAUGUGCAUCGUGUAUGCAGAAACUGCAGCAAGGGAUUCACUAGAGCAAGUGAUUUCUGAGGCACUUGUACAAUCGGGUUCUGAUAAAUCAGAUGUUCGCGGUGUAUGCUUAGGUGUUUCAGGUGUUAAUCAUCCCUCAGACCAGGAAAAGAUAGAAAAUUGGAUAAGGGACAUCUUCCCUAGUCACGUCAAGGUAUAUGUUCAGAAUGAUGCUAUAGUGGCUUUAGCUAGUGGAACCAUGGGAAAGCUCCAUGGCUGUGUUCUAAUCGCUGGUACAGGAUGUAUAGCCUAUGGCUUUGAUGGAGAUGGCAAGGAGGCUAGGGCUUCUGGUGGUGGACCAAUCUUAGGUGAUUGGGGAAGUGGCUAUGGAAUUGCUGCACAGGCCUUAACGGCGGUGAUUAGAGCUCAUGAUGGUCGUGGCGCACAAACGAUACUUACAAGUACCAUCUUAAAAGCACUUGGACUUUCCUCUCCAGACGAACUCAUCGGGUGGACUUACGCUGAUCCAUCUUGGGCACGUAUCGCUGCUCUUGUUCCUCAAGUAGUAUCUUGUGCAGAAGCUGGUGAUGAAAUUUCAGAUAAGAUCUUGGUUGAUGCAGCUGAGGAUUUAGCUCUAAGUGUGAAGGCUGUUGUACAGAGACUUGGUUUAUGUGGCAAAGAUGGGACAGCUUCUUUCCCGGUUGUAAUGGUGGGCGGAGUCCUAAACGCUAAUCAGAAAUGGGACAUUGGAAAAGAAGUCUCAAAGCGCAUUAACAGAUACUUUCCCGGGGCUCAAACAAUCAUACCAAAGGUAGAGCCAGCUGUUGGAGCAGCAUUGUUGGCCAUGAACUUCUUAUCAAGUUAACGAUUAAUCGGCCACGUAAAGCUUUAUUAUUGAAAUCAAUGUUUCUUGAAUCUUCAGAAAUGCAUAGUGAUAUAAUUUUUUUCUCUUACUGUGGUUGUGGUACAUAUGUACAAUAGUGCAUAAGAAUCUCGUUGUCAAAUUCCAAUUCUUGUUAUUGAUCAUCUCUUUGGUUACUCAACAAGAAGAGAAAACAUUGACAGAGGAUGCGGAUUUACAACAGAAAUGUAAUGAAACUUGAGUGAAUUAAAAUUGUUUGAUCA